AUCCUCCCCAUCCUUAACCUCUCUGUUCUUCUUCCACCUGUCUCCUUGCUCCUCAGUAAAUGGAGGGAGUGGGACUGAAGCCCAAGGCUCAAGCUGAACCCUCCACGCUGCUCUCAGUGGAAAAGCCCCACUAACGAAUCAAUGGCUUCUCCAAUCCUCUCACCUCUCAGAGCCUUCGAACUCCAUAGCUUCUUCUUCUCUCCCUUCUCUCUUCUGCUAAGCCCCCAUGCAAUCAACAUAUCUGACAAAGUUCCUCAGAGAGACCCUAUCCCUUUGCGUUCUUCUCUGAACUCUCCCCAUUUGGUCUCUAAUGAGAGAAACCCACCUCAUAGAAAGCAGAGGAAGAAUGGGUCUCCUCAAAUGGGUCACUCUAGAUUAUCUUCUUCAGAGUCUAGAAAUGGAAACAAAAGGGCAGAUUCUGUGGCUGUUGACAGUUAUGAGAGAAACCCAUCUCAUUAUAAAGAUAGGAAGCGGAGGAUUGGCUCUCCACAGAUGGGUCACUCUGGGUUUUCUUCUUCUUCUUCUACUUCUUCUUCGAAGUCUAGAAAUGAAGACAAAAGGGUAGACUCUGAUAAGAAGAAGAGUAGUAAGAAAUCUAAGAAGACUAAGGUUGGUUCCGAGGAGGUUGGGUUUAGAGUUAAGCUUGAUAUGUGCUCAAAGGGUGGGGAUGUGAUGGGUGCUAUUUCACUGUAUGAUUCAGCAUUGGAGGAAGGUAUCAAGCUUGGGCAGUAUCAUUAUAAUGUGCUACUUUAUCUCUGUUCUUCAGCUGCCAUCGGAGUCAUCCACCCCGCAAAGAGCGGAAGCAGUGCCAGUGGAAGUAAUGGUUACGAUAGAGAUUACUCGAGCGAUGAGGAUUCGGAUAAUGGGCUGAGUUCAAAAUCUCAGCUUUCAGCUCCAGUGAAUGGUAGUAUUAGUUCUUCAAUCCAUGUAAGCGAUGAUGUUCGAGUCUAUGCGAGAGCUAGAGGGCUUGAGAUCUACGAACACAUGCGAUCACAGAAUAUCCUGAUGAGUGAAGCAGCAUUAACCUCAGUUGCUCGAAUUGCAAUGUCUAUGGGUAAUGGAGACAUGGCUUUUGAAAUGGUAAAACAAAUGAAGGAAUUGGGUAUAACCCCGAGAUUGAGAUCUUAUGGUCCGUCUAUAUUUGCCUUUUGCAAUAAUGGUGAUGUUGAUAAAGCAUUUGAGGUGGAAAAGGACAUGUUAGAGUCUGGAGUCUCUAUCGAAGAGCCUGAAUUGAGAGCACUUCUGAAAGCAAGUUCAAAUGCUCGUAAAGGAGGAAAUGUUUACUACGUAAUGCAUAAGCUAAGGACUAAUGUGAGACAAGUAUCUCCAUUGACUGCAGAUUUGAUUGAGGAUUGGUUUAAGAGCUCAACUGCUUCAAGAGUAGGAAAGAGGAAAUUUGAUGAAAGCAUGGUAAAAAAAGCUAUGGAGAAUGGCGGAGGGGGUUGGCAUGGACUGGGUUGGUUGGGUAAAGGAAAAUGGGAAGUUUUACGUACUAAUGUUGAUGACCAUGGUGUUUGUAUGGGUUGUGGUGAGAAAUUGGUUACUAUAGAUCUUGAUCCAAUUGAAACCGAGAACUUUGCUGCGUCGGUAGCAUCUAUAGCCAGUAAGAGGGAAAGAAACUCAAGCUUUCAGAAAUUCCAAAGAUGGUUGGACUACUACGGCCCAUUUGAAGCUGUUGUUGAUGCUGCAAAUGUCGGUCUUUUUAGCCAGAGGCAAUUUUCGUUAAUUAAGGUUAAUGCAGUAGUAAAUGCCAUUAGACAGAAACUUCCAACAAGGAAAUGGCCUCUGAUCAUAGUGCAUAAUAGGCGAUUGCUAGGACGCAAGAUGGGUCAACCCUUAAAUGAGAAACUAAUUGAGAAAUGGAAAAAUGCAGAUGCUAUUUAUGCAACUCCAACGGGAUCAAAUGAUGACUGGUACUGGUUGUAUGCAGCUAUAAAAUGCAAAAGCUUGAUAGUUACCAAUGAUGAGAUGAGAGACCAUGUCUUCCAGAUCUUAGGAAAUGAUUUCUUCCCCAAAUGGAAAGAAAGACAUCAGGUGCAUUUCAGCUUCCGUGAUGGCAGUUUUGAGUUUCAUAUGCCCCCUCCCUGCUCUGUUGUGAUUCAGGAAUCAGAGAAAGGCCAUUGGCACAUUCCUAUUUCAGAAGAACAUGGAUCAAGUCAAGAGAGGACCUGGUUAUGUGUCACACGUGUGAGAUCACAUGUGGCCUCCCAAGAUUCAUCGAUUCCUCUUGAAGAAGCACGUCGAGAGAAAGAGACGAAGAGAAGUGCUUCAGAUGCCCAAUAUAGCAGCGGUCCGAGGCGAAUAUCCCACUCUUCGAAGCCCCGAAAUAAGAGAUUCAUUGGAGAAUGUCACAAGCCUCCAGCCUACAUCAAAUCUCCAAAUUUUCAUACAAUUCUUAGUGAUAUUGAGGCUGCAGAAAAAAUUGCAGGCUGUGUUAUAGACUUCCAAAUUUAACAGCGACCACACAGAUAAAAUUCCAAGGGAAAAUUAAUGGACAUGUUUCAUCUGAUAAUUCUUUUCUUCUUC